AUGGCAAAAGAAUGCCUAAAGAACUGCUGCAAAGGGUGUUUCUACGUGGAGAAGGAAAAGAAUGACUUUUCCAUGGAGAAGGAAUCUGAAGCUGCAGCUGAAAACAGGCAAAGCAUUGUGGAGAAACCUCCAUUGUCUUCUGUGUCAGUUAAGCGUCAAGUUGGCUGUUCCGAGGAUUAUCUCCUUGCGAAACUGCCAUCGGAUGGCAGGGAGGUCCCAUUUGUGCUCCCUCAGCUUAAACUAGCUUACAUUCAACCCAAGAACCUUGGCAGUUCGUCGCACGUUGGGGAAAUUCAAGGAUCUGCCAGAGCCUUUGUUGGUGACAGGAAAGCAGAACUUUCCAAUAUAUACCAGCAGGGGCCCCAUGGUGACGUGGUGUAUAAUCCAUUCUAUAGGCAGCAGAAUAUUUCACCGGAUCUGACUAGGCGCUUCCCAGAAAAAUCAGAUGUGAGAUUAUAUGGAUCAGUUUGUGAUUUAAGGAGUAGCACACUUCCUGGAUCACCUGGUUUAAGCCAUUCGCUGUUUGAUCUCACAAAUCCACCCCAUCGUGUCAUCCAGAGAUAUGAUUCAGUCUCCAGUGUACCCAGUAGUACCUCCUCGAAGAAGGAUUCGCAAGGCAGUAACAGGAGCCUGGAUACCAUUACGUUAUCAGGUGAUGAACGAGACUUUGGAAGAAUGAAUGUGAAACUGUGUUAUGUUCCUUCUGCAGAACAGAUCUGGAUCACAAUCUUGCAUUGCAAAGAUCUGAGCUGGCCUUCUAGUUGUGGAGAAAAUCCUUAUAUUUCUGUCAAAGGAAUUCUGAUGUUGCCUAAGCCAGUGCAGUUCAAAUCUUCAGCCAAAGAAGGUUCCAAUGACAUUGAAUUCAUGGAAACCUUUGUGUUUACUAUCAAAUUGCAAAUUCUGCAGACUGUAAGACUAGUGUUUAAAAUCCAAACUCCGACUCCCCGGAAGAAAACAAUCGGAGAGUGUGCCCUGCCACUACGAGAGCUCAAUUCACAGGAAUCCGAUCAUUGGUUGGAUAUAAUGCCUCCUUCCAAAGUUUCAGUGUGCAAAGCAGAACUUCAAAUAGGAACCUGUUUUCAAGCAAUAAACAGCAGGAUUCAGUUACAGAUUCUUGAAGCCCAAAGCCUCCCAAGCUCAUCCACACCGCUCUCUUUAAAUUUCUUUGUGAAGGUUUCAAUGUUUAGUACAGAAGGGUUGAUUUAUAAGAAAAAGACUCGUCUAUUGAAACCCACCAAUGGCCAAGUGAAGUGGGGCGAAACGAUGAUUUUUCCAGUUAGCCCGAAUGAACAAGGAAUUAAUUUUCUCAUCAAACUCUACAGCAGGACCUCAGUGAGAAGAAAACACUUCCUGGGACAGGUCUGGCUAAGCUCUAAUAGCAAUAGUAGUGAAGCAGCAGAUCAGUGGAGAGAUACAAUCGCAAACCCCGAAAAGGUAGUCAUUAAAUGGCAUAACAUAAAUCCAUCCUGA